CCACCCCUGGGAGGACCCUACCCGGCUCUCAUCCCGGAAGUCCGCGGAACAGAAGUCCGGAAGUUCGAGAGGCUGUUUCCUCGUUUCCUCCCGCUAAGUCUGCGAGCGCUCGGUGCCGGCGUAGGUGCGUGUCCCGCAGCUUUCCAGGUUCCCACCCGCUGUGCUUCCGGCCUCACGUUGGUGCGCUGUGCGCGCCUUCGCUUGCGGACCUGGGUCGGGCACACAGCAGGUUGAGCAAGCCUGGCGUGUGCACUCCGGAGGAGCGGGCCGCUGUGGAGCGUGUUGGUAACUGAGGCCAGAGGGAGGCGAGUGCUUUCAGGCUUCCGCUGUGUGGUUUUCCCCGUCUGCCGUGCAGUGGAGCCCAGGUUCCAGGGAUGUACAUGCAGGUGGAGACACGCACCAGCACCCUCCUCCACCUGAAGAGGGCUCCAGGCAUCCGGUCGUGGUCCCUGCUGGUCGGAAUAUUAUCCACUGGCCUGGCAGCUGCCUACUACAGUGGAGAUAGCCUGGGCUGGAAGCUCUUCUAUGUCACAGGCUGCUUGUUUGUGGCUGUACAGAACCUGGAGGACUGGGAGGAGGCCAUUUUCAGCAAGAGCACGGGGAAGGUCAUCCUAAAGACAUUCAGCCUCUACAAGAAGCUGCUGACUCUUCUCAGAGCAGGCCAUGACCAAGUGGUGGUCCUGCUGAAAGACAUCCAGGAUGUGAACGUGGAGGAGGAGAAGGUCCGCUACUUUGGGAAGGGCUACACUGUGGUGCUCCGGUUUGCAACCGGCUUCUCUCAUCCCCUCACUCAGAGUGCAGUCAUGGGCCGACGCAGUGAUGUGGAAGCCAUUGCCAAACUCAUCACUAGUUUCUUGGAGCUGCACCGCCUGGAGAGCCCCUCAGAACGGUCACAAAGCAGCGACAGUGAACCGGACGGCCCUGGUGGCCAGAGCUGACAGCGUGGAAUAGCUGUUGGUAAAGGCCAUGUCUCCAACUGACUUGCCAAUUAUAAGGGUACAGGCAGACACUGGACAUCUGCCUAUGGCUCUCUUGGGCAGUUCCUUGGGCAGUGUGGACCACCUAUCUUUUGUUUAUUUACGCUUCUACGCUUUGCAGAACCAUGGGCUGGACCUCUCCCACAACCCAGAAAGGCUGCAUCUAUCAGGAUGCAGGCAGGUGGAUGCCACAUCUAGGGGAGGGCAAGGUAUCAGAAAUUAGUGCCUUUCCCACAGGCAGACCGCAGCUGUGGCUUGGGCAGCGCAGCCUGGUCUGAAUAAGCUCACCCAAGGGCAAUCUGAAGCGUAGGAUGCCAGGUUCUUCUCAGCACAGGCCUUGUGCCUGCCUUCAAGAGGCCUUGCCACCCAGGCUACUGCAGUUAGGAUUGUCUGCAUAGCAACAGUGAGACACCCACAUGCGUGUAAGCAGGACACACUUCUCCUGUGUAUAUUGGUGUCAACUUGUUGCUAUAAAUCCCGGUGUCGUCUCCCUGACCAUCCCUCAAGAUGGACAUCUCUUUCGUGAAGGCAGCUCUGGAUGUCUGGGUGCUGCCUGGCUGCAGAACUCUCCGAGAAAUCAGAGUGCACAGCUGUCAGGAUCGGGAGGCUCUCCCUGCCCGGCCUGGGAAGAAGCUGCGGGGGGAAGGAAAGGCCCCCUCUUUUAGCACUCUGCAGCAGUUAGACCUGGCAGCUCCUCUACAGAAACAAGAGUCUUAAAAGCCCUGAGGAGCACAGGCAUCUGACUCAUACCAUUAUGAACCCCAGUCUUCAGAAGUGAGGAUGGAAGAAGGUUCAAGGCCAGGGUGGGCCAUUGCCUGUUCUAAUAGACGUUGGAACCAGCCACUGACGGUCCUUUUCUGCUCUCCUACUUUUCUUCUGAGUGGACUCAAGUUCCUCAAAAGUACGGUAUUCACUAAGUUCCUAGCUUGGCUUCCAGGCCUGAAUGCCAUGGACCCCUGGCCUACACACAGCCCCCAAGCCGCAAACCUAUGCCUGGCCAGGAAGAACUAAGAAACUGAAGUUUUAUAGACAAAGAAGUCAAGGCAGCUUUGAGACCACUCUACCUGGGCUGAGUAGUUAGACCAGAACCUUGAACAGGUGUCUGAAGUGACCGCCACCAGUCCUGACUUAGGGAACAUGGUCCCUUGAACAUGCCAAAGUGAGCUUUUAAAAUGCUCAAGUUAGAGAUUUCUCCCCACAAAUGAAGAGUGUGAAAUAUAGCUUGUUUUUGGCUUGUUGCCUACAGGUUCUUCAAGGUAAUUUAGACAAGUCUGUCUCUUGGGUACUGUCCUAUCCCUUCCUGUAUUGCUGUGUCUCAUCCCUAGGUGAAAGAAUGAAGCCGUCUGUAAGCCAGGGUAGUGGUAAGAAGCUGAUUCAAGUUUCUGUUAGUGGGACUUCUGCUUCUUCUGGUCUUUUUAUUUCAGAAUAAAGCUCUACAUGCGGAUUGCAAA